GUGUUACGACUUGUAAUUUUCAGUGUUGCUGAAUUCGCGGAAGAAGCGAAGGAAUUUCUUCGACGACGCAACUCGUAGCAAGCAAUAGUUCCCCCAAUUUCACUUGCAAUUCCCAAUUUGCAAAAGCAGUCGAAGCUUUUCCUGUGGGGGGCAAUGAGGGGUAUUGAUCCCUUGCCGCUUCCACUCCGCAGUUCAAUCCGCUCUGGUGUUAUAGUGUUCGACUUGACAAGAAUUGUGGAGGAACUCGUUUUCAAUAGCUUGGAUGCCGCCGCGACUAAGGUUACUGUGUUUCUUGAUGUGGGGUCUUGCUAUGUUAAGGUGGUGGACAAUGGUUCUGGCAUCUCUAGGGAUGGAUUGGUCAUGUUGGGAGAAAGAUAUGUGACAUCAAAGCUUCCUAGUGAUGAGACAUUUGGCUUCAGAGGGGAAACAUUGGCUUCCAUCUCUGAUGUCUCGUUGCUGGAAAUUGUAACAAGAACCCGUGGAAGGCCUAAUGGCUACCGGAAGGUCUUAAAGGGAUCAGAGUGCUUAUAUCUUGGAAUUGAUGAUAAUAGGAAAGAUGUUGGCACAACAGGUGAAUCAUUCCAUUUAACCAGUAUCCAUUUGAGUAUUCAUGAUCUUCUUACAGCUCCUGUUAUACUUUGACCUUUGUGUUAAAAAAAUUUCAUCUUACAUCUUGGCAGUUACUGUUCGGGAUUUGUUCUAUAACCAGCCCGUUCGGAGGAAUUUUAUCCAAUCCAGUCCCCAGAAGGUCUUGCAGUCUGUUAAGAAAUGUGUCCUUCGAGUUGCCCUUGUCCACUCAAAGGUCUCCUUUAAAGUCAUCGACAUUGAUAGUGAGAAAGAGCUUCUUUCCGUUCAGCCUUCUUCUGCCAUGUCAAUUUUGAUGAGUGACCAUGGGAUUGAUGAAUUCAGCUCUCUCCACAAGGUCAAUCAUACUGAUGGCUUCUUGAGUCUCUCUGGCUACAUGACUGGUCCAUCCGAUAAAUUUUCUGCAAAGGCCUUUCAAUAUGUUUAUAUCAACUCACGCUUCGUCUUCAGAGGUCCAAUCCACAAGCUGCUUAAUCACUUGGUCAUGACGUUCGAGAGUCUGGAACAACAGAGUGAUUAUGUGUCUCAAAAGGGAAAGAGAAGCCGGUCUCAAGCAUCCAUGGCCUACAUUGUGAACUUAAGUUGUCCUUCUGACCUAUAUGAUCUAACUUUUGAGACGUCAGAGACUUAUGUUGAAUUCAAGGAUUGGGGUCCAAUUCUUACCUUUAUUCAAAAUGCCAUUCAACAAGUCUGGAGCAGGAUUACUAACGGAGAAUCCUCUUGUCAUGGAGUAGACCUUCUUGAUAACAGUGAAUAUUGGAAGGGAAAGGAUGAUAUCUCAUUUGGAAAUGAAGACUCAACAGAGAACUCGGUUGUUGCAAUUGAUAAGUUUCAAAGGCAGCAGUAUGAUCUUGAUUAUUCUCCCCUUCCAAACUGGAAGAAGCAUCUUGGUGGAACUUUUAAGAAGGAUUAUGAUAAAGCUACAUGUCUAGAAUUUGAAAUGGAUGCUUCUCAGUUCAACGAGCAACAAUCGGAAAUGGGGUUUGACUUUCCUGCAUCUCUCAGCAGUAUUGACUUCCCAAAUGACGAUCUUGAAUAUAGACAUAACACUAGACGGAAGCACAGUGGGGACAUGGGGGUAAGCCAUUUAAGUUCAGAUUGGAAGAAUGAGUCCCCUAAAAUUGAGUCUGCUAAGAUGGAAUUAUCUUCAGAUCAUGAAGAGUGGAUAAAACAACUAGAGGUUAGUCAAAGUGGAUACGGCUGCAGGGAUCCUGAAGCGACAUUUCAAGAAUUUGAGGUGCAUGCUUCUGUAUUCAAAGGGCAGCAAGUUGAAAGGAGAGCUGUGUGCCAACGAGGCUUCUCAAUGGAACCCAUGGUGGAUGUCCCUGAUUGUGAAAAAAUACCUAAUGCCGGCCAAGAGUAUGCCACCAAAAUUUUUGUAUCUAAUCACAAUUCCGAGUUUUCUGAUGACAGGCUUACCAGUGGAAAAAAUUGCAGUGAUUACAUGGAGGGAAAUCCUUUCACAUACUGGCAGAAUGAGUCCCUCAAAAAUGAGUCAGCUAAGAUUGCAUUAUCUUCAGAUCAUGAGGUGUGGAGUAAAAAGCUAGAGGGUAAUGAAAGUGGAAAAGACCACUUCUUGCAUGGUUGCUCAUCAAUGAGAAGCUUUUCAUGCAGCAAGGGUGUGCUAAAUAGUGAGGAGGAACCUGAAUUUUCACUUGGUGAACCCCAGUUCCAAAGAAGGCGACUUUGCUCUGACGAAAACAUGGGUGUACUAGAAGUUGAGAGUAGUAAUCAGAGGGGUGAUAUCUUUCUAGGGAACGGAGGCCAGUCGUCUGUUGAAAGCGGAAAAGACCACCUAUUGCAUGGUUGCUCAUCACUGAGAAGUCUGUCAUGCAGCAAGGGUUUCCUAAAUAGUGGGGAAGAACCUGAAUUUCCACUUGGCGAACCCCGGUUUAAAAGAAAGCAACUUUGCUCUGAUGAAAACAUUGGUGUACUAAAAGUUGAGAGGAGUAACCAGGGGGGUGAUAUCUUUUUAGGGCAGGAAGUGCAGUCAUUCGCUGAUAGUGGGGAAGGCCACUUCUUGCACGGUUGCUCAUCACUGAGAAGCCUGUCAUGUAGCAAGGGUUUUUUAAUUUGCGAGGAAGAACUUGAAUUUCCACUUGCUGAACCCCAAUUCAAAAGCAGGCGACUUCGCGCUGAUGAAAACGUAGGUGAACUAAAAGUUGAGAGUAGGAAACAGAAGGAUAAUAUCCUUUUACGGCAGGGAGAGCAGGCUUUUGCUGAAAGCAUAGGACUUCAUUCUGAUUUUAUCUUGCAUAACAGAGGUUUGCCGUCACCGGAUAAAUGGUUUAUAUCCAACUCUGAUUCAGAAACUUCAGAUGCUUUUCUUCAGCCCAGUUGGAAUGUUGAGAGCUUCCCCCGUGAUAUUAAAGAUGAAGUGGGUGUGAAGUGUAGGAAUGUGUCAAGAGAUAAGGGGGGAUGGUUACAGUUUGACUUGCACUCUGAAGGUCAACCUAGCAAUGACAAGUAUGAAGUUGAACGGGAUAUAACAGAUGAAGUGGGUGUUAGGUGUGGCACAGUCAAAGACACAAGGUUGUUAUCCUCACAGCAGAAUCACGUGUCAAGAGAUAAGGCUAGCUGUUUACAGUUUGACUUGCAUUCUGAAGGUCAAACUAGAAAUGGCAAGUGUGAAGAUGAACUGGAUAUAACAGAUGAAGUGGGUGUAAGGUGUGAGAGAGACAAAGACACAAGGUUGUUAUCCUUACAGCGGAAUCACCUGUCAAGAGAUAGGGCUGGCUGGUUACAGUUUGACUUGCAUUCUGAUGGUCAAAAUAGCCAUGACAAGUAUAACGAUGAACGGGAGAAACUAGGAUACCAAGGUGGGAAGAAUGAUCUUCAGGGACAUCACUGCAGUAGAAGUUGCUCUCCCCCUCCAUCUGUAAAGCAGAAGAGGAAGUGUGUUCCCUUGAAUAGUUCAUUCGCAGCAGGAAGGAAACCUCGUAAUGAAUUGGCGUAUAUUGAUGGGAGAAACGAAAUUAUGGAUUUUGCGCCAAAUAGUGGCGAGGAACUUAUUUCAACCACCAGAAACCGAUUAUGCAUCUCUUUGGGCCUCAUUUCAGACCAGAAAUGAAGUACAGAAAAAGUGUUGUGCCAGAUGUGGAGGAGGUUCUAGAAGGGAAACAGGUUGAACAUGGGUGCCUGGGGGUGCAUAAUUCUCCAGGCUUUAUGACAAAUGAAAGCAGAAAGUUGGAAGAUUUUGUCACCAAAUGGAGGAACUCCUCUAAAGAGAAAAAUAUGAAAACAGGAUGUGAUGGUGGCAGUCACCAUAGUAGCAUACUUGACAUAUCUUCAGGGUUCUUCAGUUUGGCUGGUAGAGAACUGAUUCCAGAAUCUCUACAGAAGAAUUGCCUCAGGAAGGCUAAGGUUCUUCAUCAAUUGGACAAGAAAUUUAUUCCAGUGGUUGCUGGUGGAACUCUCUGUGUUAUAGACCAGCAUGCAGCAGAUGAAAGGAUCCGGCUGGAGGAACUUCGAGACAAGGUGUUAUCUGGAAAGGCUAGGACAAUAUCAUAUCUCCAUCCCGAAGAAGAGCUGAUUCUUCCUGAGUUUGGAUAUCAGCUUCUUCAUGAUUAUGCUGGUCAAGUAAGAGAAUGGGGUUGGAUUUGCAACAUGCAAGCUCAAGGUUCAGGGAUGUUCAACAAGAACUUGAAUGUCCUCCACCAACAUACGGCAGUAGUGACCCUAAUUGCGGUACCCUGCAUUUUAGGAACUAAUUUGUCUGGUGGAGAUCUCCUGGAAUUUCUUCAGCAGCUUGCUGACACGGAUGGGGCUUCAACAAUACCACCAUGCGUUGGUAGAGUCUUGAAUUCAAAAGCAUGCAGAGGUGCAAUUAUGUUUGGCGAUUCUUUGCUGCAAUCGGAAUGUGCGCUAAUCGUGGAAGAACUGGAGAAGACUCGUCUCUGUUUUCAAUGUGCUCAUGGGCGACCCACAACCGCACCUCUGGUGAACUUGGCAGGGUUGCAUGGUGAGAUCACCAAGGUAUUAGCUUUGACGAAGAAAAACGACACAUUUAUUUUACAACGUCAGGAGCUCAGCAUCAGUCGUGCAACCCAGCGGUUAGCUGCUGGCAGAGGAGCUGCUUAAGAUGUGCAUCCAAAACAAGUAGAUAAAGUGUCGUGUAGGACUACGAUUUUCCAUUUAAUCGAUUCUUUGAGUUGUUUUCUGAUGUAUAUGUUCAUCUCAUGAAAUCAAAAUGCCAACAGGAGAAUGUCUUUUACUUCUUCCCGUCUCUCACUGCCAUAGUUCUGGAUGUACAGAGAAUAUGGACAAAUACCAUGUAUUAUUGGAUAAACACCACGAAACGUGAAUAAGUUGACAUGAGAAUGAAAGGCAGCAAUGGCAAUCAAAAACUGGAAAGGAAAGUUAACAUACAAAAUGAUACCAGAAAAUUUUUCUCCACUCUUCAGAAUUACCCAUUCAAUGCACAACAGCAUCCAGGAAGGCUUCUCUAUUCAGUACCAAGUAGGCGAAGCUAACCAAAUUUAAUCACUUCAGCUUUGGUGACAAGAAUUAACCAGUACACACGAAGGUGCCCACUUCAAAUUCCUUUCACCUGUUCAAAUACAGCGUCCCAGAUCACUCUUCUGUUGUUCCAUAACACAAAGAUCCCCAUCGAUGUAUGCUGUGGUGGGCAUUCAAUCGUGCCGAGGGCAGUCCAGAAACACCUUUGUUGCAUUUAACUUAUGCCUCUUCUGCAUCACUAGGGUGAGAAGUCCCAGCUUGUACAAACAUAAGUUUAUAUUCUUCCCUCGCCAACUUUCCAUCAAGCUGCAUCAGCAGCUACUGCUACUUCUCGCACUUUGCGUUUCCUCUUGGUUUCAUUUAGAUCUUGGUCAGCUUUGGAUACGAUUUUCGAGACUGUAAACCCUGCAACUUCAAAAAUCUCUGCUCUAUAAGGUAUCAAGGAGUUUCUAAGGACCACAUCGAUUCCAUCAUAUGUCCAAACACCUAAGACUGCAUCUCCUUUUAGUCCAAUCGCAAACCAGCCAAGACCUGCUGCAGCAAUGUCUACUGAACUUGAAUCCCAGCUAUUCCCAGUUACGGUGAAUUCAUGUCUCACCCAUUUUCCAAGCUCUUGGACUCGUUUUACCCCAAUUGGUGGCUGUAACUGACGGCCAAAAUGUUCUUCAAACAUAGUGCUUGCAUUUUCUGUUUUCCCCAUAUGUAGUGGAAGAUAUGGCGAACCCCAGACAGUCACAUAUAUAGAGUCCACCGAUGAUUCUUCAAUAUCUAGCCUCAUAAGUCCACCAAUGUGAACUGAGUAACCUACCUUAAUUCUGUACGUCCUCGGUUUCAACUCCUUAGUAAUCUGAACAAGCUUCUGCUCAUCCCUAGUCAAGCGAGUUGUAAUCUGAUUCGGGUUAAGAAGCCCUGGAGUGUCAAACAACUUUGCAUUCCCAGGAAGAACACCCUCCACCCUAAUUAUCCCCAGAGUAGUUCCUGGUACAGGUGCCUCUGUUAAAUGAAUAACCUUUGCUUCACUUCCACCACCAGCACACUUCCCCAUCGCAUUCAACAAAGUACUCUUGCCAGCAUUCUGCAUUCCAACAGUCCACACAUGACCUCUAGCCCCAGCCAAUUCUUUCACAUCCUCAACCAAAUCCUUCAACCCCCAAUCCUUGACAGCACUCACAAAAUGGACUUUCUUAAUAACACCAGCACCACCAUCCCUGGCUCUCUGCCUAACCCAAUGCUCGAAUCGAGUGGGCGAUAAAGAAGUAGGCAACAAAUCAAUCUUCGUAAUCACCAGAACAACUCUAGGCACAUUCCCUGAUUUCCCCUCUUUCCAAUUCGUGUAGUUCUCAUCAAUGGCUUCUGUCACAAGCUUCGCAAGCCUCCUCGGAAAUGACCCAUCAAAAUCAACAGCAUCCACGACUAAUAGAACUACUGACCUGGCCCCUGAGGCUGAAACCAAACGCUUUCCUACAGCAUGAUAGAAAUCGAAUUCUGGCAACAGAUUCUCCACAGUUGGGUCCUUCACCUUUCCGUAGUGUCUCAACGAGUGACAGCGGGCGCACACAACAGGCCUACCGGAGAAUUUUCCCCCGGUCGAAGCAGCGCUGGUUUGAGGAUUUUCAGAGUCUUCAACAAAACCCUUUUUCAGGGAACUGGAGACUUGCGACUCUAGCGCUAUUGGUACCAGCCGCCCUCUGGAUUUAUAACUGGGAUCCCUUGACGAAGGUUUGACAAAGAAUCCGGGAUGCUUGGCGUCUGAAUCCUGCAUACGGAUGCCGCAGCCAGGGCAAACGGCGGCGGAAGGCGUUGCCUCGUCGACAUUACCAUCGCGGGAGAGGAGCAAAGAAGACGAAGGCUUCUGAGAUUUUGCCGCGGCAGCUGAAGUGAAAGGAUGACAAGAGGAAUACGACGAGGGAAAUGGAGAAGCGGAGACGGAGGAGCCCUUUCCUUCGGCGAAACGGUGGUGGUGUGCAGGAGAUGGAAGGGGAUGAUGGUUUUGGAGAGAUGGGGAGAAGCGAGAAAGGGAGAAGAGGGGCUUAAGCUUCGAUUUCGCGACGGAGAGGUUUCUAGCAAUCACCAUAUCCAAAUGGAGGUGAAAGCAACAAUGAAUUGCGGAAUUCGGAAAUUUGUGAAGGCGAGGAGGGGAAGAGUUGGCG